GUUUGUCACGCGUAGUUUCGGUUUGUUGAUGUUUUUACAAUUUUUAAAAGUUAAAACUUUAUAUUAGAUAUCUGUAAAAAGUUGUGCCACAUUUUUGUUGCCCGUGCUUUCCUACGUAUAUCAAGCAGCUUCAUAAUAAUAUCGGAACAAUUCAAGCGUCGAUGCAUGAGAAUGUCUCCCGCGUGUGAUGUCGGAUUCGUCCUCCCUGUCGCCCGGGUCGCCUAACCGCGGCAUGGACAAGUAUGAACAGUUGGCAGUGGUGGGAGAGGGCUCAUACGGCGUGGUUCUGAAGUGCAGGCGACGGGACAACGGUCAUCUGGUGGCCAUCAAGAAGUUUCUUGAGACAGAGGACGAUGCCGCCGUCAGGAAGAUGGCUCUCCGGGAGAUACGGAUGCUUAAGAAACUUCGUCACGACCACCUGGUGAACAUGAUUGAAGUGUUUCGGCGCAAGCGCAGGUUCUACUUGGUGUUUGAAUACUUGGACCACACUCUGCUCGAUGAGCUGGAGGCUUCUCCAGGAGGGCUGGGCGAAGAUAAGGCUAAGAAACACCUGUACCAGCUCUUGAAGGGAAUCGAUUAUUGCCAUCAAAAUUCUAUAAUCCAUCGUGACGUGAAACCGGAGAACGUGCUGGUGUCUAACGCUGGAGUGGUGAAGCUCUGCGACCUGGGGUUCGCGCGUGCCCUGGCCGCGCCCGGCGAGCCCUACACGGAGUAUGUGGCCACACGCUGGUACCGGGCUCCUGAGCUGCUGGUCGCUGAACACAGAUAUGGUCCCGAAGUUGACAUAUGGGCUAUUGGAUGCUUAUUUGCGGAAAUGCUCACUGGAGACCCUCUGUUUCCCGGGGACUCUGACAUUGACCAGCUCGCUCUCAUUAUAAAGACUGUUGGAAAGCUCGCGCCCCGGCACCAGCAGGUAGUGUCGCGGCUAGCGGGCGCGGGCGGCGCGGCGCUAGCAGGCGUAGAGGCCCGACGCGCGGUGUUACCGGGGGCGGGCCCCGCGCGCGACAUGCUCGCCGCUUGUCUGCGUACCGAGCCGCGCGCGCGCCCGCAUGCCGCCGCGCUGCUGAGGCAUAAAUAUUUCACGACAGACGGCUUCGCGGAAAGUUUUAACGCGGAACUCCGAAAAAAAUUAGGGAAGGAGAUAGAGACACCUCCUACACAGCAAAGCGCGGCGCGUGUGGCGGGUAAACCAAGGCAGCAGUGGACACUGAACAUAAUUUCGGAUCAUAACAGAUCUAGGACCGACAGUAUCGCAGGCGAGUCUCUCAUAGACUACAACUACACACCAACGUCUGAGAUGCAAGUGGAACAUGGCGGGGAAAAGAAAUCAAGUCCAACACCAGCUCCCACCAUUACAUUGCAAGAUUCGAUUUCUGAAGGUCGGACCGCGGCGGGAGGGUCGCUGCCUGCGCCGGCGCCGCGCCCGCUUCCUCCGCGCUCGCUGGCUCGAGCCAUUAACGACACUUUCCAAACUUUCCCAGUGCCAGUUAAUUCAUAUCCACGUACGCCUUACAUCAAGAAGGUGAAUAAUAAACUUGUGAUGGACGAGGAUCUACUGAAGGGUCGCGCAGCAGCCAAAAAGGCUGUGAAGAAAAUUCCUCCCGAACUUUGUCUGCCGUACGUACCAGGAGCGAGCAAUAGCCCCAUUAAGAAAGCAAAGAUGCCGCACUCUCAAAACGCCAAAUCUUACGACACUUGGGACAGCUCGCGGAAUGCGACGAUGGUGUCCUCUGGCGGCCGUACGCCGGCCAACCUACCGUACAUGUGACACCACGAGCGAGCCUACUGGCGGACCGCCUUCUAUUACUGACGACAAAUUUUAACACCGAAGAUUAACAUCUACAAAUGUGCGAAAUUAGGAGUAUUUUCGCCAUACAACAAUGUAAUAAGACGAAAGAAUUUCAUGGUACCACUGAAUGACAAAAUUCUGCAUUUUAUUGAUAUUCGAGAUCAAUUGGGUAAUCAUGAACAGUUUUUUAAGGUCUUGGUAGCUGCUGUGUGUGCUGUGUUAUAAAUGAAAAAAUAUUUAGAGAUCACAAGCUCUGAUAUUUAAAUAACUGAACAAGGCCAGUCGCCAGAUAACUUUAACGUAUCCAUUAGGCAACAUUUGUUGAUAAACUGUUUAUAAAGUUCAUCGCCUUGUUUAUAAACAAGUUUACCGUAAACACUGUUUCUAAAACAUGGCCGUCGACACUUGUCAGUUGUUGCUCGGAUGUCGUCCUAGGGGGUAGCGUGCUCUGCAUAGUAAUUAAUGGUAGUACGAGUGCGUAACCGAAAAAGCUCUAUGAGCAUCGAAAUUUGGUCGUUGUACCUCACAAAUUUGAGAAAUGUUUUGAGAUUUCGAUAAUGACAGAUAAACAUCGAUACAAUAGCUGGAUCCAGCUUAAGGCUCCUAACAACGGAGCCAGAUAAAUUACUUGACUAGUGUGGCUGGACUGGCACGAAUGGCAUGCCAGCCAGUUUGAGGCCGCCAGUUACUGUGUCAAUGUAAAUCUGUCAUUAUAUACUAAACCACUUUAUCAUAGAUUCACUGGAUUUUUGUAAAAUUUGCAAUAGUUAUAAAUAUGAAGACUGUUUUCGGACUAUAGGUAUUGUGUAAUAUAAAUUAUUUAUUAUAUUAUCCUUUUGUAGACAUUUAUCGACUAGAUUUUAGGAACCAUCUGAAUACUUGUAAUGCACGUGUUUUGACCUAAAAAAUUCGUAAAUAAACCGUUUUAAUGUACUGGUAAUACCGCAAUUAAUUUUUCCCCAUCCUACCACCAUAUUUCCUCUACAGAAAUAAUGUUUAGGUUGGAAUCAUUUUAAAUUUAAUCGCUUAGAGGGUUAAUAAUUAAAAAUGAUUAAUUUGAAUUGUUUUAUAGUAAUAUAAGUUAUUUACGGGAUUAUUACCCAUAAAGGUACACCUUGUUUUUAGCGAGUUAGGAAGAGUAACAGUUACCCCACGGAGUAACUGUUACUCUGCGAUCAUGGUCUUUGCAACAGUGCCGAAAUAUCGGAAACUGGCUAAAAUCAAAGGUACAUGGUAACAAUCACGUAAAUAACUUAUAUUGCUAUAAUGUUAGUGACCAUGAAAGUUUAUAUAAAUUAAAAUUAAAUAAAUGCAUGUUAAUUGUAUUACUGAUAUUGACAGUAUUUAAUUACUUUAAUCCUGUGGAACCACAGUUAAUACGCGAAUGACUCACUAUUAUCUGUGGUACUACUAAAACUAUUAGAUUUAAUGACAUUGUUUUUUUUUUAAUAAUAAAUACACGGGUAAAUUAUCUUUUAGAUAUAAUCUUAAAGAUUAAAACUAUGGUUAUAAAGAUACAGAUUUAUAUGGUAACAUUUUUAUAGUUUAAAGAAGGGAAAAAAUAAUACAUAAUAUUAAUUUAAAAUUGUCAUCAGACUGUUGAAACAUCAUUGAUGUUUUGUUACCUAUUUUGCUUUACUAUCAGCACAUUAAAAUUUGUAAAUAUGUAUAGCGUUAAAUUUUAAUAAACACCUUUUAAUAAAACUUGUUUUUUUAUUUAUAUUUUAAUUUUUUAAAUAUAA